AUGACGGUGGGAAUGGAGGUGGCUGGAGGAGGAAGACGAGCUGCGCAGGGCUUUGAGCCGUUGUGGGCCAUUCCGCGAACUCAGCGAACUGGCGUCCGCAUCUGCCGCCGCCGCCCAAUCGUCGCUGCUUCACUUCCGGCGGCGCCCCGACCGGUGCGUCGCAUCUGCCGGCUGCUGCUGCCACUCGUCGUUCGUCGAUUCCUCGCAGGCUCGCACUUCACCCCUCCGCAGCUCAGCUCGUUCCUCUCGACGUCGCGAGCGGUGCAGGCCACCGUCCGGCAGGCAAGUGCAGCCCUCCUUGAGUCCGUGACUCUUUAUGGAAACGUGUUCGUAGUCGCAGGCCGCGGCCGCGGCCGCUGGUCACCGGCGCCAGUGAGGCAGGAAGCAACCACGCACACAGCCACUCGAAGCCUCAACAGCUUUUCUGCUCCGAGCCUCCAGAAGAUUGGACAAGAUAUGACUGAUGCCGAUCGGUCCCUUUGGUGGCUAUCAUCAUCGUCGCCGAGGUUGCUGUCGAUAGUGGUGGGCUGUGCGAACAUUUUCACGAUUUAUAGACUGGCCAGCAGAAAUCAAACCUGUAGCCUUGUUGUUGCUGUUGACCCCUGCAGCCAUGGACCAUGACGAGGGUCACCAGACGUCCAAACGUCUUUCCAUUUUCCUAGGCUAUCCUGUGGGCAGAGGCACACAGUCUACAACAGUUAAGAGAGUAGCAUCCUUUGACUGGAUGCACUGACAUUAUUGGAUCCCUGUUGACUGAAUCUUUGGGAUAAUGUAGCUGAUGCAACAAUGUUUGUAUACUUUUAUGCCUUGACUAGCAACAGAAGUUAAGAUGUUACUUUCCCGGCAUGGCCUCUAUUUCAUCCACGUUGACAUUUUGUUCUUGGUAGACUCCGGAUUGUUCUCCAAGAACCAGAGAAAAGUAUGAGUAGAGGACUACCGUUAUCCUUGC